UAUAUAGGAAGUAUAAAGUGAAAGCUUGAAAAUCAAUUACACAAAUGCCUGUGAUAACGAUCUUUUAAAAAAAACAAAUAGAAGAUUUUUAAAAAAAAAAUGAAAGGCAAAUGCAUGGUUGGAUAUGUACAUAGUGUUGGUAGUAACGUUGUCAAUUUCAUUAAUUGCAAUGCGAUUUGUGGUUGAAUAUUUUGUCGUGUAAACCAGUGCUUAUAUCAGUGGCUUGCAAUGUCGUUCAGGACACCUCGUCAGACUUGUCAAAAAAAUUAAAACAUGAUUGGGACCUUUUAAAACACGACAGGAGUAUUACUCGGUGCAUGUGCCCUUGCAGUAUGGGGGGAAUUUAGCCUCUGAGGACACGUGAUAAUGAGUACACAGUACGGAACGACAGAAUGCAGUUUAGCGGAGGUACCCCCCGUUAUUGUGGUCAACCCAGGGAAAAACAGAAGCAAUGGCGUCACAGAAUCCAACGAGCUUCUGUCUCAAGGCCACCACACGGAGCACAUCAUGAUUAAGGAGUUCGAUCGUGUGGACUCUGAAGACGACAUUUUGGGAGAAUACCGCGAGGAAUGUAAAAUCGAAGCCGGAUGUUUACGGAAAAGAACCGGCUUGGAGAAAUGUUGUGGUGGCUUCAUAAUCGGCCUCCUUAUUGUAACUCUUGCCUUAAUUAUUGCGUUAGCACAACGAAAAACUGGACCUGACGCUCGGUUUGUUUGUGAAACCAAAGAAUGUAUCCUGGCAGCAGGUUCUAUUCUGAAAUCUAUGGAUCAGUCUGUGAAUCCGUGUACCGACUUUUAUAAGUACGCGUGUGGAGGGUGGGAACGGGACACGCCCAUUCCCCCCGGCUACUCCAUGUGGGACCGGAUACAGGAACUGUCUUAUAUUAAUCUACAUCAUCUCAAAGGCAUUCUGGAAAAACAAAGUAGUUCCGUGAAUUAUGAUUCCGGAAAGAAGACAAAACAGUUUUUCAAAAGCUGUAUGUCAGAGAGUCGACAAAGACGAUCUCAAACGUUAGCAGACUUCACAGACCUCAUCAGGAAUGUCUCUUCGGACGGCGACUUUAAUUUUGCUGUGAUGCUAGAAAAAGUCCACCUACUGGACGCCUGGCCCCUCUUCACGGUGUCUGUCGGCCCCAAUGAAGUGUCUUCCGAAGAUGUUAAUGUCGUCAAGAUAGAUUAUGGGUAUUCCCAGUACCCAUUCCAAAGCUUUCCAAAACCGUCCGAAUCUCCCGCGACAGUUAAUACUGCGCCUCAACACAACAACGAAACUUCCCCUCCACCACCGACGUCCCAACGUUUGCAGAAACGCACUCCCACCUACCUUAGCUGGGAUCUCAAUGAGAUAGUGAAAAAUUACAUGAGAGAAACAAAAAGAAUAUUGAAAGUGGUGUUUAACAAGACGGAAGAGCAAGCAGAAACUCUAUCUCAGAAUCUUCUGGAACUGGAGAAAAACAUAGGAUGGACACGUGACAGUGAAGAGCAUAGCCACAAUAGAUCAGCUACAUUCACCCUGACAAGAAUCAAAGACCUUCAGGUCAAUUGUCCCAUGCUUACCUGGGACCUGUAUUUGUUAAGAAUUCUCUUCAAGUCUCAAGUGACCAUCAACCUUAACACAGAAGUAGUGGUGCUACAUGAAUCAGGGCUGACCAAGCUGUGUUCCCUGGUUGACUCCUAUAUCAAAGAUGCCAACAAGAUCAAUGUUUUGAAGCAUUAUCUAAUGGUGCACCUAGUGAGGUCCUUUGUACCGUAUUUUGACGUCAGCACUUUCAAUGAUGAUGAUGCCAAUAUUGAAGAAGAAGUAGAAAAUGAAGGAGAGCACUGGCGAAGAUGUGCCUUCUACACAAAUAAAGCAUUUGGUUUUGUAACAGGCGCCAUGUAUGUGAAUGAAACACAGCAGGCGGUGUCAGUUCAAAAGCUACAAACUCUAGUAAGAGAUAUAAAAAUAGCAUUCCGAGACUAUCUUCUGGAUAAAAUCUGGAUGGACGCAAGUACGAGGAGUCAUGCUGAGGAAAAGAUAACUGAAAUGUUAGAGAAGAUUAGUUAUCCCGAUGAAAUCCUGAAAUCACACUUCCUUGAUCAGUACUACAAGGAGUUUGAGGUAAGCGAUGAUUGGUUCAACAAUAUAAAGAAUAUGAAGACCUUUCAUGUCACAAAGAGCGUUGAGAUGUAUCAUAAGACUGUGGAUCGGCACAGCUGGAUGCAAACACCAGUAACGGUGGAGGCCGACUACUCACCUGAAAGGAACGACAUCAUGUUUCCGAUCGCCAUGUUUCAUCUUCCGUUCUACUCUCCCAAUGGACCUCAAGCUCUUAACUUUGGAGCGAUGGGCUCGGUCAUUGGACACGAAAUAACACAUGCCUUUGAUAUCACAGGACGUCAGUAUGACAGUAAGGGGAAACUUAAAGAAUGGUGGGAGCCCUACACGGCCUCUCUGUUUGAGAAGACCACUGGAUGUAUGAGGGAACAGUAUGACGGCUUCACGCUGGACGGUCUACAGAUAAAUGGCCAGAAAACACUGGAUGAAAACAUAGCCGAUAAUGGAGGACUACGCGCUGCUUAUAUAGCAUUUCAAAUUUGGGAAAAUGAAAAUGGGAUAACACCGAACCUUCCAGGUGUAAAUCUGACAGAUAAACAGCUGUUUUAUGUUAGUUAUGCUCAGAUGUUCUGUACUAAGUGGAAACGUUCGGGUCUGAGGAAUUAUUUAUUAAGUGAUGAUCAUUCCCCAGGGCCAUUGCGUGUGAAGGGCAGCUUGCAGAACUCUAACACUUUUGGGAAAGUUUUUGACUGUCCUUUUAUAUCAGAGUACAGUCCUCAAACAAAAUGUGAGGUAUGGUGAUAGUGGCGGGUUUAUCGACACAUUACAUGUACGGCUUGUCAAAAUGGCAUCGUGUGGACUGCAGUUCCGGUAAUCAGGUGGAGGACACAAAAAGGCAGCCUUUUGCUUUGGUUCAGAAAAAUCCAAGCCGGCUUAGUACCAUUCAGAACUAUUCUAACUGUAGUAUAAGCUUGCACAUUAUUUUCCUGCACAUUGCGUUCACGUUUAUAAAAUGUAUUUUUAAAGAAUUUUAGGGCACAAUUAUAUGUAGAUUAGAAUUAUAGUUUUACAUUUAUUGUGAGACAAGUGCCUAUAAGUCACUUGUUCUUUGUGUGUUUCGGUAUAAUUUCCCAUAAUUUAGUAUCGAACAUUAAUAGACCCAGAGGGCUUUCGGUAAGUCUGCGAUGUCUUUCAUGCUUUUCUUUUCAUGUAUGUUUAAGUAAUAGGGGAACAUUUGUGGGGGUAGUGAUAAUUAGACUUUUCUCAAGUCGCCACUUCUCUCAGGGUUACGAAGUUGUGAACAAAAAGGCUGAAAAUAUCUACAUGUAAUCUCUAGUCUCUACGUGAAGUGUAACCUUUUAAAAAUUGACCUCGCACUGGUUGUCUCAAAAGUAUUUCAUGUUCUGUGAUUUAAACUUAUUUACAUUGGCAUUUGCUUAAAUCAAAGUUUUAAAUAUAGGGAUUGUUUUCUUAAUAUUGUUUUUUUUUAAUUUUGUUUUAUUUCGCAAAUCAUGACGUUGCUUGCAGUGUUCUGUGGCCAAGAUUGGUAUUUUCGUAUGUUAUUUUAUGGAAUUUUUUUGCUGAUUUUUGAUUUUUAUCAUUAUGAAGUUAAUAUUACAUAGCAAUAUAUGUUUUACAUUCAGUAAAUUUUCAUGCGCUUUGAAUGCAUAAUUUUGUCAUAUGCUUUUUUCCCAUGACGUCACAGGGCAUUUCUUUUCAUAUCCUUCUACCAAGGCAUUUGUUCCAAAUACAGCAUAGAAAAUUUUCAAGUUCUUAAAAUUGUUAUUUAUCAUCUUGAUGUAUAUUUGCUUAAUUUGUCAUGCAUUAUGGCAUUCCUGUAUAGAAUGCAAUGGUUGUUUGUUUGUUUUGUUUUUUUUCUUGGUUCCACGUUUUUUUUCAUCUUUGCAAGUCAAUAUUUUUGAACAAUGAUAUAUAACAUAAUUUUUAGCCAUCUCCUUUAUGUCAAAGCUCUAUUUCCUUUGAAGUAAGACUAAAAUAGCUGAAAGCAACAGCAAGUAAGGUAUUUAUGUAUGAGUGCAGACCUAUCUACUAUCUCGAUUUACCCAUAAUUUCUAUGAUUUUUGACCCCCUAAAUACGUUCUACGAUGUCAAAUCUCCCGAUUUCUGGAUUCUAAUCAUUUUCGGUUUUAAAUUCAUAAUAAUAGAAAUUGUGCGGUACAGAAACUUGAGUGAUUGAAAAUCGUCACACAAAUCACCAUACAUACUGCUAUAGACAAACGUGGAAGCUAUUGAAAUAUUUUUGAGAGCCUGUUUCUCGUGUAAUUGCCCAGUGUCAGCAUGUCUAUGUCAAGUAUCAUACUCAGGUGUGUUUUCUGCCAUUAAAGCGAUGCAUAAUUUGUUAAAUAUGAAUUCAGUGAAAUUUUUCUGCAUUGAAAGAAGUCAAUUUUCUGCAUAAUAACCAAAUUUUGUGGCUAAACUGGUAGAAAACUACUGAUCACAUUCAUUUGGCGUUUACAAGGUAGGUCUGUGAAUGUAGCAUGAAUGAGAGAGAGAGAGAGAGAGAUAAGCUCCGUGUUUUUAUAGGAAAAGAAGCUGAACUCUAUAAAGAUAAAAGGAGGAUAUUCGACUAAAAUGAUGACACCAUUAGAUAAAAGGAAAAAAAUCUUUUCAUAGCUUUCAACAUUCCUAUUGCAUCACACACCAAAUAGAAACUGUAGAAAACUAAAACAUUGCAUUAUGGAUAUACCAUCCGCUACAUGCUGAUUGGUCACUUGUUUUCAAUAUCUGAUACACACAAGAGUUUGAAUGGCCUCCCAUUACUUGCAAAGAUAUGCGUUAUGUUAAUUGAUAAUUGUUAAGUGUUGUAAAUGAUAGAAGUAUAAGGCUGUGUUCCUGUUUAAGCUUAUUUUUAUAAACCUAUUCAUAGAGUAAUGUUUACAAAAUAGAUAUACAUGUAGUAUGUUACGUCUUUUUCUAUUGAAGAAAUGGAUAAUGUUUCCUAUGCAAGAGUUUUCUUGAGAAAAUAAAUACAUAAAGAACAUUUAA